CCGUCAUUUUGUUUGUCGUCGGCUCGACCUUGAGCUUGCUGGCAUGCUCCAGGAUCGCCUGCUCAUUUCUUAAAUAGCUUCAGCGUUCCCUCCCCCCCGCACGCGUAGCUGCCCCUAGAGACCUGGUUUACCUGAUCAACCUCUUCUUCAAUUGUACGCUUUGUUGACGCGUAUUGUACUCUCUAGCAAUGAAGUUCUCCCACAAUGUUGCUGCUCUCGCAGUUGCGGUGACGCUCCCCUGGGCUGCUGUCGCCGACUCCGACACCAACGGCCCCGACAAGGAUGGCAAGUACUGGAUUGGCGGCGAGGACUUGCGCCUUUCCUUUAUCCCUUACGGCGCAUCCGUUUCCAACGUCAUGGUCAAGGACCAAUACGGCAUCGUGCGCGAUGUCGUCGCUGGCUACGAUAACGCGACGCACUACUCGGAAGACAAGAGCCACCCCCAUUUCGGAGGUGUUCCUGGGCGCUAUGCCAACCGUAUCAAGAACAGCACCUUUACCAUUGAUGGCGAAACCUUCCACAUCAAGCCCAAUGAGAACCCCACGCCUGCCAACCCCGAUGGUAUUGAUACCCUCCACGGUGGCCCUGAUGGCUGGGACUGGCGCAACUUUACCGUCGUCUCGCACACCCAAGACACUAUUACCUUUAGCUUGAAGGAUCCCGACGGCAAGGAGGGCUUCCCCGGUGAGGUUGUCUCUUACAUCACCUACGCUGUCGAUGGCAUGGACUGGUAUCUCAAGAUGUACGCCACUGCCACCACCGAGAAGACCCCGAUCAUGCUUAGCAGUCACACCUACUGGAACCUCGACGGCUUUGCCAACAAUGACACCAACACAAUCCUCAACCACACGCUCUGGAUGCCCUACAGUGGCCAGCGCGUUGGUGUAGACAACAUCCUCAUCCCCACUGGCGAUAUUCUCGCCAACAAGAACGGCUCCGUCAACGACUUUUGGUCCAAGCCCAAGCAAAUUGGUGCUUCCUUUGACGACCCCGAAAUCCACGGCAACUGUGGCUUCAACUGCACCGGUUAUGAUACCUGUUUCCUUGUUAACCGAGCUGCCAUGGGACCUUACGACUGGCGCGAGUCGGGCCCUGUUGCUCGUCUCUCUUCCAAGUGGUCUGGUAUCGAUCUCGAUAUUUUCACAGACCAGGAUGCUUUCCAGGUCUAUACCUGCAGCGGCAUGGACGGCUCUACCCCAGUCAAGAAGACACAAGGAAUCGACGGCAAUGACAAGUUCCCUCGCACUAUUCCCAAGUACGGCUGCAUCGUCAUGGAAGUCGAGGACUACAUCGAUGGAAUUAACCACCCUGAAUGGGGCCGUGACAAGAAGCAGAUUUUCGGCCCCGGCGAUGACCCUUACGUUCUCCAAGCCAGAUACAGCUUCAAGGUCAAGGGCAAGAAGACGGAUGACUCUGCAUGAAGUUGAUGAUUUCAGGACAUAUAUAUGCCGAAUCGCAAGGACCUUGAAAUGCUGGACACAAUGGUAAUAGUCUUAUUUUGAUAUGAUGUAUCUGAAUUAAUGCCAUCUAAUAAUACAGUUUUUUUUCU